GCAUGCGCAUUCUUUCACGUUCUCCAAUGUGUUUUUGAGCUUUUCAAGGUUGUACGGGUAGCUAAUCAAACGCCUAACUGAAGAUUCUGUGUUUGUUUUAUAGAUAUUGAUUGAUAUCUAUGCAAAUGUCUGUAUUAGACAUUUAAUCCGUGUUUUUCUGACCGCAGGUGCUUAUUUGGGGAUUUUAGUAAAGGGUGAAGAUGGCCAACUUGUCUAACUAUGCCCUGCGCAUGGCUCGCCUGAGUGCCCGAAUCUUUGGAGAUGUGGCUCGUCACACAGACCCCAAGUCCAUGAAAGUGGUAGAACUUUUUAAAGAACCCCCCAUGGCUCAAAAAAAAGAAGUGUAUGAUUGGUACCCCCCACACAAGAUCUACUAUUCCAUGACACAGAAGCUCAGAUACAUGGGACUCUUCAGAGAUGAGCACCAGGAUUUCAAGGAGGAAAUGAGGCGCUUGAGAAAACUGAGAGGAAAAGGAAAACCAAAGAAGGGAGAAGGGAAGAGAGCCACAAAGAAGAAGUAGACCAGAACAUUUCCGUGUUGGGGAGCACUUACUGAGCAGACACUUGAAAUCUGAUGGAGAGACUCUGUAUGUGAACUAUAAACCUGCAUUGACAACAGGACAUUCUUUGUUACUGUGGUGACACUGUAUUGGCAGACCUGGACUCACUUGAUGUCAGAGAUUACAUUUUUUUUUUUUUCAAUUCUGGAUCUUAAACUUAAUUUAUACUGCAAUACUUUAGUGUUUAAAAAUGUUAACGUUUCUUUUCAUCGUGCCAUUCUUCUGCAAGUUGUGUUCGCCACUGUAGUAUUGAUAAAUCUUGGGACGUCCUCAGAUUUACCUCAUCAGCAGUCUGUUAUCCUAAAAUGACACUGAUCAAAUUCAGAAAGAAUUAAGUGUGCAAGGAUCCAUAAACGCUUAGAGCACAAAACUAUUAUGGCAAUAGGUUGUUUAUUUGGUGCUUUUUGUCAAAAUUACAUUAUACAUUGUAUAAGGGUUUGAAAGGAUAUACUGCUACAAUAUAUAUAUUACUGAAUAGAAUAUUCAUUGGUUCCCACUGUUAAAUUAGUGCACACAAAUUGAUAGUGUAAUUUGUUUUUACAAACUGUGGGAUGAGUAUAAUUGUUUCCAGUGGUGAUCGACAGCAUGUCACAGUGUUUAACUUAACCAUGAACACUUACAUAUCAGUUUCAUACAUUUUAAACAUGACUGACUGACUUAAUAAAUAGACAGGUAUAUUCUUAGAAUAUGAUUUGUGCCACAACUUAUUUGGGGCACUAUUUCAUACUACUUAUUUCAGUGCUUAAUGUCCAUAUUUUCUCCUGUAAAACCUUGAUUCUCAUGACUAAUGCAGCGUUCUAGGUAGCUCUCUCUCCAGUCAUUAUAUAAAGCUUUAGCUCAGAAUGAGUUGAAGCCUCUGGGAUCCUCCAGAUGUGUAUAAUGACUGACAUGCUCAUCUAAAACCAAUACUGUGGAUGUCUGGACUAGUUUCCUGUGAAGUAAAUAAAUAAAAUAAAUUGGAGAGAGGUGGCUAUAAAUCCUCUGUAACAUUUACUGUAAAGUAACCAGAGAUAAUGAAUCUGAAGGGAUGUCUUCUGCCUCUGCCUGUAUGGUGGGUCGCAGAAACACACACUCAAUCCUGCAUUUUAAAUGCCACCUUUUGAAAUAAUUUACAAAAUAAGCAAAGUUAUUUCAGCUAAAUUAAUAGGUAAUAAUGAGCAAGAAAAACAACCCCAUGGACAAAUUUAAAAAGGAGUACUAAAAUUGAAGACCCUUGAAAACACUGCUGCAAUAAACAAACUCAGCGGUUCAAAUAAUAUGCUUUUGCCAAGCUCAGGGAAUAAACUCUCACCUUUCAUCCCUAAAAGUCUUGGUUUAAAUUUGACAAUUUAUUUUAUUUUUAUUUAUUUUUUUUUUCAUCAUCUGUAAUGAAAAAUCCCCCCUUAAAAAACAGAAAAAACACUCCAACCUCUGUAGCUUAUGUGAUCAACUUUAACCCUUUAUUCCUGAAAGUCUAGGUUCAAAUCUAGUAAUUUUUAAGUUUCUUUCGUCAAAGCACACACUUCAAAAACACUGUAAAACACUUCAGCUUUUGUGGCUCAGGAGAUAAAUGCUCGCCUUUCAUCCCUGAAAGUCUUGGUAUGAAUCUAACAAUUGCAAGGAUGCGCCUCAUUCAAUUUAAGAUUCUGCAUCGUUUUUUUGGACUCCCUCUAGAUUGCAUAGGCUUGGUCUUAAAGAUACACCCACCUGUUGGCGAUGCCAGUCAAAGGAUGGGAACAUAGCCCAUGUUUUUUGGUAUUGUAUUAAGAUUCAAGAGUUAUGGUCGAGGGUUCAGAGUUAUGUCUGUGAGAUCCUGAGCACUCAGAUUUCAUUCUGCCCCAGACUUUGUAUUUUGGGUGAUGGGGUGGGGGUUAACUUAGGGAAUACACACAUUAAAAACUGGGUCAUUAAAAACUGGGUCCUUACCAGUGUGAUGAUCGGCAGGAAAAUGAUCCUUGAGUGGUGCACCGAAUUGGGCAGAGUGGUGGCCUUUGAAAAGAUGUCGCAUAGACGGCUGGGCAGCUUGGGUGCCUUUGAGAAGAAGUGGGGCACUUAUUUGGCUUUCUUGGAGGAUUGCCAGGGAGGAACAGUGGAGAGAGACAGUAUAAAUGGUGUGUAUGUAAUUAAUUGAUGUGUAUAACCCUUUUUCUUUUUUGUUGGGCAAAUGUUUUUAUGUCUCAGUAUUUUCUAUGGACUGUCUGCUUGUAUGUGUGUCUGUUAUUAUUCGUUGUCUGACCACUGGGAUGUGUGUUGGGGGGAGGGGAGAAUAUUUGUUGAAAGUUGAUUCCGUGUUUUCAUGUGCUGUUUGUGUUGAUUUGUGUGUGGAAUCAAUAAAAAUUGUUAAUGACAAAAAAAAACAAAAAA